UUUUAAAAUGGCGGACAGUAGUGAAGAAAGAACGUUUUAGAGUAACAACGGAAUUUGCGGUGAAUCAAUGGCGGAAAUAAAGCUUACAGACGCACAGAAAGCUCGCAUCGAGAGAAAUCGCCAGAGGGCAUUGAUGCUCCGCAAUGCAAGACUUUCCAGUAGGCCAUAUCCCGAGAUAAGAUCUCAUGACCAAGAGUCUACUCGCACAUCUCAAGUGAGCACUUCAAACUCAACCACAGCUCAUGCGAUUGAUACCGGUGGAGGGUUUCUAUUAGAUCCUGAUGAUGAAGAAACAUUGGAUAUAGCGCAAAAGAAUUUAGUUGAGGACCCAGGUAAGUGCAUAUCACUUCUUUGUUCAGUUGUUAGACAAAAUGCAGACUGCAUACAUGAUACAUGUACUUGCAGACUGGCUAGUGAACAAGGUAAACAAUUAUAUGAAAGUAAAUCAUCGAACUUAUAGACGCAACUUUUGCAGUUGCGAAAAGAAAGCCUGAAAAAAAAUUCAGACAUACAUACGGGAUUCGAAUCCUCAACCUCUGCGAUACCGUUGCAGCUCUCUUACCAACUGAGUUAACAAGCCAACUGGGAGUAGGUCGUUAAACUGGUUCGUUAUAAACCGGUAAGAGCGCCACACCAGUAUUGCAGAGGUCAAGGGUUUGAAAGCUGUACAAGCCUGAAUAUUUUUUUCAGGCUUUCUUUUCGCAAGUGCAAAAGUUGCGUCUAUAUAACUUCGAUGAUCUAUGUUCACAUAAUUCUUCACCCCACAUUUCAUACAUUAUUUUGAUAUAUUCAUAACUUCAAGGUAAACAAUGUUGUGAAAUUAUCUCAAAACUAUGUCAAGACUUAAAGAAGACUUAAACUUUAGGGAUAGGGAUAGUUUUGUGGUCAUUCCACAAUAUUGCCCUGUGAAAGUAACUUAAAGUGUAGGUUUAGUAUUUGUAUAGGCAAUAGCAUGAUUUGUAGUGAUAUUUGGCAUAAAUACCACAAGUGAUAUUUCGAAAUUCUUAUAUGUAAUUUCACGAGCCGUUAGGCGAGUGAAAUUUGAGACAGUUUUGAAAUAUCACGAGUGAUAUUAAUGCCAAAUAUCACAUACAAAUCAUGCUAUUAUUUGUUUAUACUACUACCCGCAAAAGGUUUGUAAUUUUCACAUGUAGAUAUUUCAAAUUAAGCUGAAAUACCACUGCUCUAAGCUAAUCAAAUUGCAGUAAUUUUUCAUGUAGUAGUAUAAGGUACGUUAUUAAUUUUGUGAAACUUGUUUUCUGUAAAUGUCUUUAUUUUCCUUUAAAACAGCCCCUGUACUUGGUGGUCAUCAAAUACAUUGCUCUGAAUGCCAGAAAGAGUUCUUGACUUCAUAUCUCUACAAACAUUUUGAGGUUUCUGUUUGUGACAAUUGCAGGUAAAAAGUCCUUUAAUAUUAUAUACAGUAACUGUAAAAAUAACGUACACAUGUAUCUUUAAUAGGUUAAGCUGCACAAAUUCCUACCUCCAAUACUUGGAAGAGGGAGUUUGUGUAGCUUAUCACUUUUAUAGGUGGCUGCAAAUAAUGGUUUAGAACCCAGGAAUGUUACAGUUGCACCCUGCCCUUUUUAAAGAAUGAGUAGUAUCUGUCACUGAGGGCAACCAUUUCUUGGCUAAAUGAGUCACCAUUUCGACAACAUAUUUACAACUUCGUUGUGCCAACACUAGACCACAUUUUGUCUUGCAGAGAUCGAGAAGGAAAACACACACUUAUAACCAAAACAGAAGCUAAGGAGGUACAUAUAGGGAAUAUUUUUAUCACUUAUUGGAUGAAAAUUAUGCAAAUGUAGCUGUGACAUUAACUUCAACUAGUGUUACUUGUAUUUUUUGCAGCAAUUCGUGUUGAAAGACUGUGAUUUUGACGGAAGACAACCAGCAUUAAAGUUUAUUUUAAAAAAGAAUCCACAUUAUUCCCGAGGGGAGAUGAAGUUGUACCUUAAAUCACAGGUAUUAAAAGCUUUCAAAUUUCAAAUUUCUCAUCUUUUUGCCUGUGUGAAAGGCUGAUGGAAAAAGGAAACAAAUUUUACUGCUUAUCUAGGCCUUGUUGGAAACAGUACAAUCAUGUAUAUAAAAACCUCAGGAAGCUGUUGCAUCUCUGAUUUGUGGGAAGGAGCUGAGAGGUGACAUGAAACACACGGCAAGAGGAACCAAAAGCUGCAGAAUCACAUAAUUUAUUAUUUAACAAGGGUAAACCAAUAUCAUUAGCUCUGCAGUUAUUAAAAGGUAACCCGAGCAACAGAUCAUUUGCAUAAAAUUAAUGGCAACAAUAUUUUGAAUGAUAAUACUGUUACAUCUUACCCUUGCAUCCAUGUAAAAAUUCCUUUGUUGCCAUUUUUAGCAAAAAGUUAUGAACAGCUAAUUAUGCUGUUGAUUUACCCUAAUCAAGUGACUAGUCUCCAAGGGCAAAUGGGUAAACAAGCAUUCAUGGAGGCAUUACUCUGGCAAUGAUGAUUAUUAGACGCCCAGUUUUCAGCUUGUGGUAGAUGUUUUAUUAAGAUUAAAUCAAUUUGGUUCAAGUUAAUGUGAUACUCGCUUUACUAAUGGUUUGAGCUACCAGGAGUAAACUGUGUUAUUUUGCAGGUUAUUCAACGCUCCCAUGAAGUGUGGGGAGGAGAAGCUGGAUUAGAAGAGGCUAAAGAAGACAAAGCUGAGAAGAGAGAGGUGCAAAAACAACGGCGAUUUGACAAGAAAGUUAAAGGUUUCUUCUACCAAAGCUUUUUACCUUUUUACUAUCAAGAUUAUGAAUGUUGCAAUCUCUGUCUAAGUAGUGAGCUUAUGCAUGUGACGAGCACAACGUUUUUGUGUGAAAAUGUGAAGUUUGGUAGAAAUUUUUUUUAACACAAUAAUUGUCACAAUGUCACACAAUUACCGCUCUAUCGCAGCAAAAAGCGAGACAUUGGAACUCUAAACAUCUUUCUGUGAACAUCUUACAGUGAAUGUGAUUAUGAAAUAACUGCUGCCCUUCAAUAAAUGCUGUCUUGAGUAAUUAAUUGCCACAUUGAAAAGACUAAAAUUGUAAUAAACACUGAGGCAUUUAAUGGUACAAAUGUGGUUUAAUAAUACAUUAUGUCCUUUUGUUAUGGUAAUUUCCAGUGCAAAAAAGUCACUGAAAACAGCUUAUGUUUUUUAUCUUACGAACCAGAACUUCGUCGAGCAGUCAGAACAAGUACAUGGAAAAAAGAUACCAGUCGACAUGAGCAUGAGUUCCCUGAAGCAGGACAAGAAGGUGGGGAGGUUUAUGAUGAGGAAACAGAUACAUGGACAAAAACAUGCAAAACAUGUGGCUAUCAACUCACAUAUGAAAAAAUGUAAUAAGGAAUCAGUCUUAUUUCAAAUAAUGUACAAAACCAAGGGGGUACUCCGGAUUUCAAGUGAUGGGGAUGAUCGAAUGGGGGUAAAAAUCUAAAAACCCAAAAAACUCCCUGGACCAAAAAUUAACCCCCCAAAAAUCUCAUACUGAAUUUCCAAGCCUUAAAACUUUUCAGAAAGGCUCAUUAAUGAUGUAACAUGAAAAAUAAAGUUUUUAGAAACAAGUUUGGUUGUACUUUAUUCGCAGAACUACGCGGCCGGGAUACGUAGGCACUAGCUUGAAUCUUCAGAUUGUUUUGAAUGCUCAAAUAAAUCCCUACUUCAAUCAAGCCGCCCAAAAAAAUACUUGCCAAAUUUUCCUAGCCAAAAAACUCACGGAAUCAGAAAUUUCAAACCCCCAAAAAAUCCUUCAAUCAUCCCCAUCACUUGAAAUCCGAAGAACCCCCCUGGGGUACAAAAUGUAAAAAUAUUAUUGUAUAUAAAAAUAACACAUUUAAAUCAACUUACACCUUGUAAUAUUAGUAAUAUUAUAAGGUGUAAGUGUUCAAAAGUACUAUCAGUUUUAUAAUAUGUGGUUUCACAAUUCACUCUAAUUUCAUAAAAUAAAAUUGCUUUCUUGUGUAGUCUGAACACAAAUAAUCUACUUCCUACU